AUGAUCACAAUGGCCAAGGCGGGGAGAAGCCCGGUCCCUGUGACAAUACCAAACAUACACGUUGCUGCUUAUUGUUAUGUGAAGCUCUUUCAGUCUCAUAACAUCUCCGAACUUUUAAAUACCCCACGACGGCCCCUCCAUCUUCCCUUCUCUCUCCAACACCCUCUUUUACUUCGAGCCUCUCACCAAUUCAUCAUGUCCGAAAAUACUGAAGCUUCGCCCGCUUCCGGCUCUCUGGCCGACCGCAUCACCAAGCCUGAUGAGUCGAAACCUACCGACGUCUCCGACAACACUGCCACCGAUACGUCUAAGGAUGGAGCUUCCGGUCCUGGGCAAGGCUCCGCGGAACUUGAGGAGCCCGACUACUCUGUCGCAGUCAAGCUGAGCGACUUGCAGGCGGACCCCAACAACCCCCUGUACUCUGUUAAGAGCUUCGAAGACUUGGGCCUAGAUGAGCGCAUUCGCAGGGGUCUUUCGACCAUGAACUUCCGCAAGCCGUCCAAGGUUCAGGAGCGCGCUCUGCCUCUUUUGAUGAGUAACCCGGCGAAGAAUUUGAUCGGUCAAUCCCAGUCUGGUACUGGAAAGACCGCUGCUUUCGUCCUCAACGUGCUCAGUCGCCUCGAUCUGUCAACCCCGGAGAUGCAGAAUUCGCCCCAGGCUCUCAUCCUCGCCCCCACCCGUGAAUUGGCCCGUCAGAUCGUCGGCGUGAUUCAGGUUAUGGGACAGUUCCUCGACGGGCUUAUCAUUGGAACUGCUGUUCCCGCCGAUUCCAAUGCGCGCGUCUCGAAGAUGGAAUGCUCGGUGGUGGUUGGCACCCCUGGCACUGUUCAGGAUUUGAUCAAGAAGCGCGCCAUGGUCCCUACCCGCUUGAAGGUGCUUGUGCUAGAUGAAGCCGAUAACAUGCUUGACCAGCAAGGGUUGGGAGAUCAGUGCAUCCGGGCCAAGGCCAUGAUUCCCCGCGAUGUUCAGAUUGUCCUGUUUUCGGCUACUUUCCCGACCCACGUCUACCGCUAUGCGGUCAAGUUUGCUCCCGAGGCCAAUGAGAUCACCCUCCAGCACGAGGAAUUGACUGUUGACGGUAUCAAGCAACUUUACAUGGAUUGCGGUAGCGAAGAAGAGAAGUAUCAGAACUUGGUUCAGCUUUACGGACUGCUUACUGUCGGAUCCUCCAUCAUCUUCGUCCGGACCCGUGCUUCUGCCCAGGAGAUUGAAAAGCGCAUGGUUGCCGAAGGCCACACUGUAGCAUCGCUGACUGGUGGUGUGGAGGGAUCCCAGCGUGAUGCGGUUAUUGAUUCCUUCCGCAAUGGUGACGCCAAGGUUCUCAUUACUACCAACGUUCUCGCUCGUGGAAUCGAUGUUUCGACUGUUUCACUUGUUGUCAACUAUGACGUCCCCGAGGAGUACUCUGGCGGCCAACGCACCAACACCCCCGACUUCCAGACCUACCUUCACCGUAUCGGUCGUACCGGUCGCUUUGGCCGCAUUGGCGUGGCUAUCACAUUUGUGUCCAACCGCACUGAGUGGGAGAUGCUGCAUAAGAUCCAAGACCACUUCCAAUGCACUAUCGAUCGUAUCGAUACCUCCGAUUGGGACGAAGUGGAGGAGAUGAUCAAGAAGACCAUCAAGAACACCCGUGCCCAGGCCGAUUUUGUCCAGACGAACUAA